AUGGAAGCUGCUAAGCAUACUCUUCGUUAUCUUAAGGGUACUGCUGAACUUGGUCUUGAAUAUCGAGCUCAGAAAGUCUACAAGCUUGUUGGCUAUAGUGAUGCCGAUUAUGCACAGGACAAGCAGGACCGUAAGUCCUUUACUGGGGAUGUAUUGCAUGGCUCAGAACCCAGUGUUCAUCGUCGCACCAAGCAUAUUGAUGUUCGUUAUCAUGUUGUGCGUCACUAUAUUCGCAGUGGAGUAAUUCAUCUGGAGUAUCUUGAUACUCAAGUGAUGUUGGCAGAUAUGUUCACUAAGAAUCUUGGUCGUGUGAAGUUUGAGACAUGA